AUGAAGAAAGACAUGUUUGUCCGGGUGGACCAGCUUGUGUCCGAGUUCCGAAAAGUCUCAGACAAACAAAUGGCUGAAACAACUAAAAGGACAAUUCGAGAGAACGUCUCCAUCACUGCCCAAAUGUCCAAGAUGUCCGACAAAACGGUGGAACUCAUCGAGGAGAAUGAUGGCCUGAAAGCCAAGGAAAAGAAAUUGCUAAACAAGCUGAAGAUUCUGGAGCACAAUGAGAAAGAAUUGACCAAAAAGAACCUCAGUGGACAGAAGUUGAUUAACAUGCUGACAGAGAAAUGUCAUGAGUUGGAAGAUAGCCUGACCGUUUUCCAACAGCGAGAAAAUGAAUUUGAAGACAAAUUACAUGAAAAUGAAAUUUUUCAAAGUCAGAUAGAAAAGCAUAAAGAGGAAACAGAAACUAUCAAGAAUUCUUUGAAAGACGCUCAAGGAAAACUUGAAGAAACCCAGAAGGAAACGGCAUUACUCAAAGCACAAAACACAAAAAUUGAAGAAAUCUUAAAGGAUGCUGCAGAUGCCAUCAAAAACGCUCUAUCUAAUAUGUCGAAAUUUGAAAAUGAAGAUGAUUUAUCAGCUCAAGUUUCACAGAGAGACACAAUGCUGCAGCAUUUACUGUGGAUUUUAAACAGCUCAGCUUUACUUGGGCUGGGUCCAACAGCUGCAGAAUUAGGAAAACAGCCAGAGAAGGAAAGAGCCACACCCGAGGCAUUGAAAAAACUGUAA